GGAGGUGUCGGGGCACCCAGCCGAGACUGCGUCUGACGACGGGGUGGGACUCGGUAGCUGCCCGGAUGUGGCGCCGAGCCCGCCGAGCCCGCCCACCCCGGCGAGAGGCGCGCCGAGGCUCUGCUCGCUGCGGUGACCUACGCGGGAGGACCGCUGCUUCGCCCGAAAAAUUCACUUAUGUAUGUACACAUAAUAUUGCAUACUUCAGAGGCGGCUUCCAGGACCUGCUGAAGUUUAUCCUCUAGCAGUCCAUGGACUCCACGGACUCCAAGGGCGGAAUGCAGACGAUCAAAUGUGUGGUGGUAGGAGACGGGGCUGUAGGUAAGACCUGCCUCCUCAUCAGUUACACCACAAAUGCCUUUCCUGAGGAGUAUAUCCCCACUGUCUUUGACAACUAUAGCGCACAGACAGCCGUGGAUGGCCAGCUUGUCAGCCUGAACCUGUGGGACACAGCUGGCCAGGAGGAGUAUGACCGACUGCGAACGCUGUCCUACCCCCAGACCAAUAUCUUUGUCAUCUGUUUUUCCAUUGGCAACCCAUCCUCGUAUGCCAAUGUGAGGCAUAAGUGGCACCCGGAGGUCUCCCAUCAUUGCCCCAAUGUACCUGUUCUGCUGGUGGGUACCAAGAGAGACCUGCGGAAUGACAUUGAGACGGUGAAGAAGCUGAAGGAACAGAGCCUAGUGCCCACAACGCCUCAGCAAGGCACUUCCCUGGCUAAGCAGGUGGGGGCUGUGAAGUAUCUGGAAUGUUCAGCCCUGAUGCAGGAUGGGGUGCACGAGGUAUUUUCAGAAGCUGUCCGGGCUGUGCUUUACCCUGCCACAAAGAAGAACACCAAGAAGUGUGUCCUUUUAUAGCUUUUGGGGUGCCACUUGGGGACUGCACGUAAGGGGGAAGAAGAAGAGGGAUUCCUUUGAUAGCAUUGAACAAUGCCGGCGUGAGCCAUUUGUCUCUUUUCCUAGAAACCCUAGACUCCAGAUUGUUGGGCUUUUGGAGGAACAAAGAUAGCCUGGUUUGUACAUGGCUGCUUUGAAGUUUGGUCUGAACCUUUUGGAGGAAGUUUGGAGAGAGAUAGAGAGAGUGAGAGAGAGAGACUGACUGACUGACUUUUACCUCUGAAUUAGCUUUCCUAGCUGUAUUUACCAUCGAGCAAGUGCCUCACAGAAGGACAAGUUUCUACAGUUUUCAAAUCAUUGCCUUAAACUUUCUGAUAUACUAAUUUUGGAAAGUCAUGUGAUUCCUGGGGAUACCCGGUGUCGACAUGUUCUUCCCAUUCUGGAGAUAAGACAUGUUCGCAAAAAAUGGUUAAGCAGCAUUUUUCAGAGUUCUGGGAGAUACUAAUAGAUGCUCAUUAACAAGGUUCCGUGGUCAAGUAAGUCAGGAACCAGUAGGUUUUUUUUAAGUGUUUUUUUAAAUUCCAGUUAGUUAACAUACAGUGUAAUGUUAGUUUCAGGUGUGCAAUACAGUGAUCCAGUACUGCCACGCAACACCUGGUGUUCAUCACAGGUGCCCUCCUCCUUAAUCCCCAUCACCUAUUUACCCCACCCCACCCUCUUCUGGUAACCAGUGGUUUAAAUAAAGCUGAACAGGUUCCUCUACUGGAGGGAUUUAUAACUUUUAAUAAGUAGGCAACAUUUCCCAAAUUUAUUUCACUGAACUUUUUUUUUUUUGGUUCCACACAACACCUGUUAACAUCUCUGGAAACAGAGUUUCAGAGAUGCUGGGUUAAUAGGAACUAGAAAUUGCCAAAGAGGCUGUGGAAAAAAAGCAUAAUGAUGUUUCCCUCUUUAUGCCUUUGAGAGGAAUGUUUAUCAGCCAUGAACUUGUUACUGGUUCCUCUUCCACCCUUAGGAGAUGGCUUUGGCACUUAGUCACGAUAGUGCAUGGGAUGUGGGGUCUGAUGGUCAGAUCUGCUAUCAGAUUAUGAUAGCACUAUGGGCCUGGUGAUGUGGAAUUAAUCCCCCAUAAAGCCUUGUCCCUGAGGCUUCUGUGAGGCCCCUUUUUUCCAUCAGCUUCUGCUUUAGGGAAAGACUACUGAAGGUUAACCCCACAAAUCAACCAACCAACCAACCAACCAAACAAAAUGUUCUGCCAGUCAUUAGCAGGGAGUUGUGUAAUUCUUCUCAGUGUCCUGCCUUGCUCUCUUCCUGUUCCUCCCUCCUCUGUACAUCUGUGUGUGCGUGUGUGUGUAUGUGUUUUCAGUCCUAGUUGCCUUUUGAGGUCUUUUAGUUGCUCCAAGAGAGUUGGCGUAUGUUGGAUCCCCAGACCCUGGGGCUGUCCCAUGUGUGGGGAUUGUGCUGGGGUUGCUCAGCCUGCGCUGGGGCGGUAGGAGUCUGACUCCUUACCCGAGUAAGCCUGCUUCUCCUUAUUCUCUCUAGUUGUAUUUUUGAUUCAGAAGGGAAACUUACUUCUCUACGUGGCGGAUAGUGGUUGACAACUCCACUGUGCCCAUAUCCUCUCACCCUGCCAAAAAAGCAUGGGAUCUUUGAGGGUUUGGGAAAUGGAGUUAAAGGGUCACAUAGCUCCUUCUGUGGUGAACAAAGUGUCUCUGCUUUGUUCUAGGACGGUCUGGUGUUGCCCUUUGACAGUAUAUGAUCUGAUUAGUCCUCAGGUUAACCGAGCCUCCUGGAUGGGGUUGCCAGAUAAAAGAGAGUGGUUUGUUUUGUUUUGUUUUUUACAAAUAAUUUUUUAGUGUAAGUAUGAACCAUGCAGUAUUUGGGACAUAGAGUGAAAAAAAAAAACAUGAUUUGCUGUUUAUCUGAAACUCAAAUUUAAUGGGGCAUCCUGUAUUCUUAUUUCCUAAAUCUGGCACCCCUAUUCUUGGAGAAUCGGAAAGCUGGAGGUCAAGUAGAUACCAAGUAUUGUUAGAAAGGAAAAGGUUACAUUAGCUCACUAUUCUUCCUCCUUUUCCUUGGGUUUUCCCUUCCCUCACCAUAGACUGAAGUGUUCUGUUUUGCUUCUCCUUUAUCACAGCACUCUCCUCUUCAUAUAGUAAUUCAUUGGUGUAUAUUUCUACACCAUUGUCUACAGCUGUGGAGGGUCCAGGAUGGAUAGUAUUGUCCAGUAGAUGUCUUCUAUCUCAGUUUCAAUGUACUGUAUCUAUUUCUGGUGUGUGACCCAGGGCCUCCUGUUGGGGGGGGUGUUGUAGGGGCUCUGUAUGAACAGGAUGUUAACUGGAAGAGGGUGAGGGUAGCCCUCCUUCACUAAGGCCCAGUAGCACUUUGGAAAGUGGGGUCUAGAAUCAUAGUGUGGGGACUGUAGGAGUCAACUGGCCUGUGGGCACGUGUGCCAACUGCUCUGUGUAGUCACUGAGUGUUCCCAACAGGCAGCCAAAUGAAGCACGUAUUGCUUGAGUGUAUUCCAGUCUCAGGAUGUUCAGAUUGACGCCUGAGGUGCUUACAGGACUUCAUGGUUGGAGGGAGCUAGAAACACAGCUGUCGCCUGUGUCUCUGGGAACUUUCCAUUUAGCUACUGAAAUCGUUUUAAUUGGCUUUUAAGUUAAUAGUGCCUCCUGCUUCCGCUUUGCCUGGCAAAAUCUCAAAUGUAAGCCUGGGCUUGGUUUGGUCGAACGUGUGUCCUCUAGCGAAUGGAGGUAUGAUCCACAAAUCUGAGAGUAUGGCUUUGUACUGGGCUGAUCUGAUGGUCCUAAACAGAUACUGACAUCUUGAUUUUUAGACUUACAAGGAAUUUGUAUGACGACUAACACGCCGAUACCACUUUUAAAUUGUUCAUAAUGAAUGGCAAUAAACUUUUCUGAUUUUA